GUUACCAGCGAUUUCGUGUUUUGUGCGUUCAAAAAGUGCAAUUAAUUAAAAUUAUGCUAAACCGAGCGAUUAUUCCAUCACAAAAACGGUGUGAAAAUAGUGCCAUCUAGUUACGAAAGUGCUUCGCUUGGUAUUUUAAAGCGAACCUGAUUGCGAAGUGAAAUUGCGAUUUCCACAGGCGCAGCCAUACAACCUAGCAAGCAAUCGGCACCAGUGUAUGUAUGUAUAUAUAGUGCAUUUCAGCAAAGAAAAUUACGAGCAAAAAUAUUGCCCUCUCCCCAGUGACAUUUAAGAAUCGAUCGUCGAGGGACAAGCACCAGCAAAAACCCCAAAAAAGGCAAAGCAACUAGCUCUUUCCAGCGGCACCCGAUAGACGGAAAACGGCAAAAAACUACAGUGGAAAUCACAGGAAAGUAGCAAUAAUCAUACCUCAACUGCUUUGACGAAAAUGAAGAAAAUUUGGAACUUCAAAGACAUCCGGAUAGAGAAAAUAUUUUUGAACAAAAUAACGAAAACGCUUUAGAAACCAAUGCAACUUUAAAUUAUAUGCCCACAACAAAUUUGGACCAAAACCGCACAACGGAUUUGCCAAUUCAGCAAGUCGAGAACUUAUCACAUUAUUUAUACUCCAUUAUUUACAUGCCUCACUCCUUACGGAUGGUCUGCCUGACAAAUUUGUUCUGUUGGAUGGCCCAUGUCUGCUACUCGUUAUACUUUACAGACUUUGUGGGUGAAGCAGUUUAUAUGGGAGAUCCUAAAGCUUUUGAAGGCACAUUGCUCCAAACAAAAUAUGAAGAAGGUGUUCGUUUUGGCUGCUGGGGAAUGGCAAUGUAUUCGCUGUCAUGCGCAUGUUACUCUCUAAUAAUUGAAAAAUUGAUACAAAAGUUAAGCGCAAAGGUUGUGUAUGUUGGUGGACUGUUAUUCUAUAGUAUCGGUAUGACUCUUAUGGCCUUGACUCGAGCUAAAGCGAGCGUAAUAAUUUUUAGUUGGACAGCGGGAGUCAUGUACUCUACUUUAUUUACAAUGCCGUACCUUUUGGUUGCACAUUACCACUCAAUGGGAACGUUCGAGCUUGACGGUACCGGUACACCCAAACUAGGAUCGAAUGUCCGUGGGUUGGGAACAGACAUAGCGGUUGUUAGCAGUAUGGUUUUCCUUGCGCAGUUUAUUCUGUCAAUAUGUAUGGGUACUAUAGUAAGGAUAUCCGGUACAACGACCGCGGUGGUUAGCACAGCGAGCUUUUUAAGCUUUUGCGGAGCAAUAGCAGCCACAAAAAUUAUGUAUUUGGAUUUAUAAAUCCACCAAUCUUGUAAACUAAUAAUCAGUGUUCUUUUACGAAAAUCCUAUAAAUAAAAAAUAUUUGUGAUUUCUAGUAUUUAUUGUUUGUCCGAAAAAAAAUCCAUCUUAAUUAUGUACUUAUCUAAGUAAUUAUUAUAUACUAAAAUGCGCGUUGACGGAGAAUAAUUUCAUUCGUUUGGUAUUUAAUGAAAACACCGAUGUAACGAAAAAGCGACGCACUCGUUGGACGCUAAUUCCAAACGAAAAAUCUAAAAAGUCUAAGUCUAAAGCAUAAUACAUAUUAACAUUGUUUCGCCGUUGUCGAGAACUCAGUAGGUCAUAACAAUAGCAAUGACAUUCUCACCAUUAUAAAGCUUAAAAUAAAUUUGCGGCAUAGUAUUAGACGCAGUAGUAAAGAUAAUAGUCAGCCAUAGAAUGUUUUCUUUGGCGUAAGUUUAAGAUUAGGAUUAAUAUUAA